AUGGACUCUCGCAGCUCUGUAGCCCAGAACAGGGCCGCCCUGGAGGAAUUCGUCCGACAGCCAGUCCGCUCCUACAUGAUCCAACAUCUGGCAAAGCAAGCCUCACAAGUCAUUAGAUGCGACUCAGAGCCUUCGCCGGCAGACACCCUACCCACGCCACCAUCCACCCCUCCGUCCCAUGCAUCUUCAGAAGUUGCACAGCCACCUCUCCCGACCUUGGAACAAUUCAUCAGCUCGCUAGUCCAGAAGUCGUCCGUACAGGUGUCGACGCUCAUGACCUCCCUUGUGUUUCUGGCUCGUCUGCGGUCACGACUACCACCCGUGGCCAAGGGCAUGAGAUGCACUGUGCACCGCAUCUUCCUCGCGUCUUUGAUCCUCGCCGCCAAGAACCUGAAUGACUCCAGCCCCAAGAACAAGCACUGGGCAAGAUAUACUUCGGUCAAGGGAUUUGAAGGAUUCGGCUUUGGGCUUGCGGAGGUUAACCUGAUGGAGCGACAGAUGCUGUAUCUCCUUGACUUCGAUUGCAGAGUGACUGAGCAAGAUCUCUUUGACCAUUUCGAACCUUUCCUUGCCCCCAUCCGCUUUCAGAUGGAACUACAGGCAGAAGAAGCGGAACUCAUCAGCAGCCACCGACAAUGGCACUCUCACCAGGCCUCGUACGACUCCAAUAUCUCCUUGCCACCUCCGCCGCGCAAGGAGCACAUUCUCCCGAGUGUGGCCACACCGCCACCGAGAGCAGCUGGUGUGUACGAUUCGCCUGCUGCCUAUACCACCGACGACGAUUCUUCCAGCAGGUAUUCUCGACAUCGAGCAAACAACAGUUCAGUCUCGCUACCUGCUCCUAGCCACAGACGGUGGCCUUCACCUUUCCGCCAUCAUGGUCAAGGUCAUGGUCGUUCUGUAUCGCCUCCUUCAAUCAGAGACCUUCCACCGCUUGUACCCUCAAGCCGACCUGGUACCAUGCACAGCCAUUCCAGCUCGCGCUCCUCAUCCAUGGCGCCAUCAUUACGAUCACGGUCAUCAUCAAUCGCACCUACCACUCGGGGCACUCCAUACACUUCAUCCCACCUUGACGACAGCGUUGUCGUGGUUGACCUGACAGAAAGCCCCGAUGCUUCUUAUCACAGCGCGUACGCUUCUGCCUUGGCAGGCUCAAGACCCAGCCUCAAAGGUCAUCAGAUCAGUUUCUCAACCGACAGUCAACAACCUUCGAAAAAGGUCAAGGCUGAUUCUGGCAUGGGAGGUGUUAUUGGCAGGAUGUUCAACUCGGCCAAUUAUCGGCUCGGCAGAACCCCUGUCCAAGUGGCUUGA